UUGUGGGUAUGAAGAUGGCAGCCUUGCUGAACGAGUGAGAAAGUGGCCGGCUUCUUGGAAAAGGCAACUCAAACACGAAAAUUUGGAACUGGAAAACAACCAGAAAUUGUAGCUAGAAGACUCUAGAAUACUGACCGGUCGAGGGCAGGAAAGCGUAAUGCUGACACUGGCAAGCAAGUUGAAGCGGGACGAUGGUGUGAAAGGGAACCGAACGCCCAGUGCAAUUUCAGACUCUAUGCGCAGAGUGUCAGUCAGGGACAAGUUGCUUGUGAAAGAAGUAGCAGAACUUGAAGCUAAUCUACCAUGUACCUGUAAAGUAAAUUUUCCUGACCCCAACAGGCUGUGUUACUUUCAACUGACUGUGAGCCCAGCCACCAAAAGUGAAAUGCUUAACCAGGAUCUGGCAUCCCAAUAUUACAGAGACUGGGGAGAUCUGUUUAAGUUUGCUUCGGGAGCAUUCAAUUGAUGGCACAGGCUGGGCACCAACACGAACUCUAAAGGAUGUUGUGUGGGGAUUAAACUCCUUGUUUACCGAUCUAUUAAAUUUUGAUGAUCCUUUGAACAUUGAAGCAGCAGAGCAUCAUUUGAGAGAUAAGGAUGAGUACCGUAAUAAAGUUGAGGAUUACAUCAAGCGCUAUGCCAGAUGAUGUUUCAGACCGAACUUCAAACUUCAAAUCACGCUCCAGGCAGACUGGUCAAAUUCUGCAUUGUUUCCAGGGCCAUGUGGGGGAGGAAUCUGGAGAUCCCUGGACAGAUUCUGUGUUCUCACCCUCAAUGACUGAAACAAACACUUUACCUCCAGCCCUGCAACCCUUUCAGCUUGGGCCCCAUAAAAUGCAACUUUCCCCUCUUAUGGUUUGUGUUUUGUCCAUUUAUAGUGUGCGCUUUUUGGGAGGGGAAGGGAGACUUCUAAAACAUUUGGGGCAAUUUUUUUUCAUGUUACAGAAUUAUCUUUAAUACAAGAAAGUGUAUGAAAUAAACAGAACAGGAAGGAGUAAAUUGUUGAUCUCUAUAGAGAUAAUGGGUCUUCAUGUAACCCCCUUCUGCUCCACAGGCCACAGGUAUCUGCAACUAUUUUCAGCAGUUUUAAAACAGGAAGGUUUAAAAGCAUUGUUAAUCACCUUGGCUUUUCUUCCUCGUCACAUUUUUAAAAAUUUGCUAAACCAGACCUUAAACUGAAAGGGGAAUUUGCCUUUUUACUACCGAUUCUUUAAGCAGGGUUUGCAAAUUCCUCUGGUAGCAAAGUGUAUUUCUUAUAUAAAUGGAGAACUUUACUGCGCUGACAAUAUAUAUCUAUAAUGAGAGCAGUUAUAAUUACCACCAGCAUGGGGUAAUGUCCCCAGGCCCAUUAGCAGGAUUCUAUAGCCGGACUAGGUGAAGUGCACUAAAAUAUCUUUUAUUACGUGAUUUUACCUAUGUGCUAAAAGGGAUCUUUGAAGUGCAUUUCAUAGCAGCGCAUUGCACAGAUUGCCAGACACCACAAAAUGAAAUAAAUAAAAAGGUUGUAUGCACAGUCUAGUUUUACAGGUUGAGAUUUUACCUGAAAAUGUACUUUAUGUAACAAGGAUGCAAUGUAAAUUAUCUUAUGUAAAGACACUUCUUGGAAACUCUUUAUAAACACACCCUUUAACUGUAACUGAUGUGUGAUCAAAUACAAAAUUGCACUUUCCUCUUUGCUCUAACACCAAAUUGUAUGUGUGCUAAUUUCUCAGACCGUAAAAAGGCCAAAUUUCAUUAUAAUCAUGAACUGUGUGUGUGAGUGAAAUGAGUUGCUCAUACAAUUCUCCCACUUACUAAGAGGUUUUAAUAGGUGAGUAGGUGCAGUUGCCUAUUAUGACUAGGACAUUAUAGUCCUGUCAUUGUAGCUCUGUCAAACAAACUAUUGUUUCAGUUCUUAUGCUGAUGGACAAUCAUCAAAUGGCCAUAUGCAGCUUCCCCAAUUUUUCAAGUGGAACACACACUGUACUUUUAAUCUCAUGGUGGCUCUGGAGCUAGAGCAUUUAAAUACACUCUGCAUGUAGGGGAGAGUGAAUUAAACAUGACAUUGAGAUUAGCAAUUCACUUGUUAAUGUGCUUUUAAAGAGGAUAUUUGUUUUGUUAAAGUAAACAUGAUUUUUUUCUGCUGUGGAAGAAAAAAUCGGGGCCACAUGCAGUCCACAGGCCACCACCAUCCUAUAGAGGAGAUUGGUUUACAGUACAGAGUGUGCUGCAUGACUGCAACUGGGUAAUUACAUCUGUGCAAAAUAUUUUUGGGUUAGUAUACAACAAUGGCCAUGCCAAAGCACAUCCUUAUAUAUUGUAUAGUAUAACUUUAUUUACAAACAAACACUUUGUGCAGUCACAUACAGUUGGAAAUACUUUACAUCUUUUCAUUGCAGGAGCACACUAUAUUGCUCUGGGUUCCCUACUUUAGAUUAACAGUUAAACUGGCAGAAUAUGUUUAAAGUCAGGUAUUGUUCGUUUACUGCAAGUGGGUAGAGACUGACCUUGAUGUUUCUUCAUCUGUAUUAGUCAAUGCAUUUAAACACAGGCCAUUCAGCAGGAAUCCUACAGAUAACUGUAGGAGUGAGGUUUUCCUAAACAGAAAAUGAGACACAAUACUGUUUCAGAUUUUUCUAUAUAUUGAUUGAAUAUAAAUAUAAUUAAGUGGACAAUGGAAACAAUCUUUUUUCAGUUGAGGAGAAGAAUGGGCCAUGCACCAGGUAUUAGCUGGAAUUUUAUUAUGUAGGAACAUUAGGUUGUCCUUGACUCUUUUUUUUCUUCUUCUUUGUGUUGGGGGGGGGGAUAUACUUUAGUAUGGGGCCAUAGGAAUGCCAGUACAGCAGCACAAUGACAUGCACCUACAUAUCUUGCUAGAUGUGACAGUGUUUACUGUUAAUGUUAAUUCUGGCUCCAGGUAACAAUGUGUAGAAAUGAGCAGCUCAAAUGUGCUGCCAAAUGUACCAGUUCAGUGUAAGGUUAUAUCCCUUACUUGGGAUAGGGGAUUCCAGCUCAGUGUUAAGUAACUUGCAUAGUGCCUUUCCUACUGUUGCUAGGGCGGAGGCAUCUGUUUUAGUUAAGUGCCAUUUUCACUUUAUUGGGGUUAUUUUUAAUAUUGUUUAUUAUUCUCAUACAGUAUUCAUUGUCAUUGUGGUUACAAUUUAAACUAUAGUGGCACUUACUCAACGUUGCUCUACCUUUCCAAAUAAAGGGUCUAUUGAAA